CCCCGGAGGAGGUGGUGCUGGCCUUGCGGCUUUGGGAUCUAGAAGCCGAGCCGCUUCUCGGGGCGUCCUUACUGCUCUUCUUCCUUUUCUUUUCCGACCCUCGCCCCCGGGACCGGCUGCGACUCCUGGAGCGCUUGCGAGAGCCGACGUGAGCCAUAGCGUCGCGGGCUGGAGACGGGGGGACGCGCUUAAACUAGGGAUUGAUCACAGGGCCGACCCACAGACUGGGUUCCGAGGGCGGCUCUACUCGGGGCCUGGUCACCACCCGGGGCAGGGAUAUUGAGGGGGUCCGUGCAACCGCACGAUCCUCACCCACCCCCACCCCUGGGUACCCCGGGUUCUCCGCGGACUCCCGGAUCCUCCGCUGCGGCCCCUUUAAGGGCCCGCCCCCGCCCGGACGCUCCACGCCUGCGCACGCGGCUCAGGCGCCUCUAGAAACGGCCACGAUCCUCAGGUGCCAGGUGCGUUCCUCAUUCCUUCCCGCGCGCUCGUACCCUCCACCCCGCGCCCUCCGCGGCCUCGCCGCCUGAAAGAAAGUCCCCCGGCUGCUCCGCUGUCUCCUCAACCACCCAUCCGGCCGGACUACCAACCCCGCACCACGCCUUCGCGUGAGGAAGCGGCGGCUGGGCGACUUCCGGCCCGGGACUGUGCUCUGGGAGGCCGUCCGACCGCGAAGCAAGGCGCUGCUGCCUUUAGUUCUGAAGCCCCAGGUUCCGUUUCUGGGACAGCCCAAGAAACUGAGUCUGACGCACUGACCUCCCGGAGAGGCGAGCUGGGGCUCCAGGCGGAGCUCCCAGACGAGAGACCUGCUUUCCAGCCUGGCGCCAGUCCCGGAGCCCGCGGGUCCUUUGCCGCAGCUAUGCCCUCUCCCAUCACUGUCCUUUCGCCGCCCCCGCAGCAUCCCUAGUCUCCGUGAUGCCCCAGGGAGGAAGGUGACUGCGCGCCGCUUUCCUCUCUGGAUUGUCUGCGAACGUGUCCACUGCAACGGGCCGUAAGCUCCAGAGCCUUGGUCUUUACACCGUCUCCACCCAGUAAUACAGAGGUCGCAAACUCAAAUGUCCAUAAGGACCAGAGAGGGCAUGAUAACGAGUGACGGAAGGACCCCUGUGAGAAAGCGCACCGCAGGCCCGUCUAGAGUGGGGGCAGCUGAGUCCGCUCCUGCUGAUUACUGCAGUGUCGAUUGGGGCCCGGUGUUUCCAGAUCUUCCCACCUUCCCACGGAAGCCAGAACUCAAGCUUUCAACAUGGAAAACCCUCCCGAACACAGCAUAGCUGCAUGCCUCAUCCAGUCCUGGGGCCGCCGAGUUGCACUCUUCAGUAGUAACGACAGCAGCAAACUCACAGAUGGGGAAACCGAGGCUUAGAGAAGGUCUGCAGCGCUGGGGAUACGUCUCACGAUGUCCCCACCUCCUCGGGCCCACCGGGUGGAGCCUCACCCACCCCGUAGUUGUUCAUGGUGUUGGGUCUUCCCUUGGGCAUGUCCGACUGCUCGAAGUGCUCCAGCUCCUCCAGCAGGGCCCGGCAGAACGGCGCUGUGAACACCGGCAGGCGGUAGAUACGCUUCUCCUCUGUGGAGGGAGGGACAGUCGGUUGGCCGGGAGCUCCGGUGUGGGUUUCAAUCUGCCCAUAACCUUUUCACUUCCCCCAGCCUCAGUUUCCUCAUCUGUACAAUGGGGAUGACGUGAGUACUCACCUCUCAGGGCUCUUGUGAUGAUUAAAUGACAUAACGUGCGGCAAGGGGGCCCUAUUCUUGGGCCCCCCACUCAUCCCUGAAGCCUCACCCUGCCUUGAGGUCUAGCCUCCAAAUUCAGAUGUGCACCCCGUCCGGCGAGCCCUCUCCCACAGCUCCAGGUCCUGGCAGGUUCAAGAAACCUCAUUCUUGCCCACUCCUUCAGGUCUUGGGAUAGGAACGGCUCCCUACCCCGAACCCCACCCCCAUUGCUAGCCCUGGGGCGGGUCCCUCCCCAUCCCUUGCUGAUUCCUUAGCCCCCACUUGUCUCAACUGUCCCUUUGUUAACCUCUUCAGUCACCCCUAUUUGAGUGUGUCUGAUGCAAGGCACUGAAUAACUGUUGGAUAAGUGAGUGAAUGGAUGCAGGUGCCGUGCUCCUGACGGGUCUGUCCCGCCAGCCCUUCUCAGUCCUGCUGGUUUGAUUUUUGGAGGCAGAUAUGGUGGGUGGAGGGACCUCAGUCUCCCACCCCCAGUGCUGCAAGGUGACGGGCCAAGACCUCACCCGAAACUGUCUCCAGCCGCUGGAGAAGGCCCUGGAGGUCUGCACCUGGCGAUGUGCUGUACUCAGCUGCGGCCAGAAACUCGGGGGCCAGAGCCACAUCCUGGGGGCAGAGCACGCAAGCCGUGGGGCAGACAGCCCCCAGGCCCGGAUGCCUCCGCCUCCUCCAGUGACCUGCCCCCUGCCAGGUACCUGCAGUGGGUUGUAGACGUCGGGCCGCGCUGGGUGGUAGGAGCUCGCAAUGAGGGCUUUCCUGGCAGCCGACUCCUGCCCCAGCCGCUGCCGCCGCUCCACCUCCUUCUCAAGCUGGGGUUACACAGGGCCUGGUUAUGAGGUUGGGGCCUCCCAUCCCCCCCGAGGCCACUGUGCAGAUGAGGAAACUGAGGUUCAGGAAGCCCAGGGCAUGGCCAGGGCUGGCAGCAAUGUCUCCCUGUGCUCCUGACUCUACCAGGGUAAAUGGCAGGUGCUAAGCUGUUAGCUGAAGGGGAAUCCUUCCAGAAGGGAGCCCAUCCCACUCAGGGCUGCACCAGCCUGAGCCUGGCUGGGAUGAGACCCCUCGCUGCUCCUCAACCAGCUGGGCCCACUCAAGGAGGGGAAACAGAGUCCCUGUCAAAGCUUGUGUUCCAGAGGCUGCAGCGGGCUGUCCUGGGAAGCUUCCCGACACUUCACCCCCGGGGUGGGAGACAAGCAGCAGCCCCAGAAGUGGCGUGGGGGGAGGGUUGAAGAGACAGGAGCCAGGCGGCCCUGGGUGGGACCUCAACUCCACCUGCUGUGAAACCUUGGGCAAGUGACCCCUCCCCGGAGCCCAAGUAUCUCAGAAGGGCGUGAGGCAGACAACCUGGCGUUUUUCCUGCUUUCUCUUUUUCUGCUGCCAGGACCCAGGUGCUGUGGUGAGUGAGGACAGGAGUGGAGAAAGGGGAGGUCUCAGGAUCUGACACUGGCAGGCCUGAGGCUGGGAGACUCCUCAAACUGCUGAUGCAAAUCUAAAGAGGAAGGGCCAGGCUGGGUGUGGAGGGCGCGACCGAGGGCGGGCGGGGAGUUGUUACCUCUCCCAACAGCUGCUGGAAGUCCUUGGGGCUGACACAGCCUCGGCUGCGCAGGAUCUGGGAGCAGAAAGGCCAGUGAGCGCGACGGUGUGACCUUGGGACUUUUAAGUCACUUAAACGUCUCUGAGCCUCAGUUUCUCCUUGACAUGGAGAUGAUCCGACCUCACAGGAUCAUUGGAAGGAUGGAAUGCCACGAGCACGUUGAGCACAGAGCAGGGUUCCCGGCUGCUCUUGGUAGUAACACUGACAGAGUACGCUGAGCCAGGCCCUGCCCUGAGCAUCGUGCACGUACGUUCAUUCAUUCAGUCCUCACGACAACCUCACUAAAGAUACCAUUAUCCCCAUUUAAGGUUGAAAACAAUAAGGUACCUAAAGGUUAAGUCAUUCUUGUUGUCACACCUGAGCGCACCAAAGGCAAAGCAAACGACCCCUCCCCGCCCAUUUCCCCGCAGAGCCAAUAGAGGCCACUCACGGGGCCGUAGUCCUGGCGCAGCUGCUGCUCGCUCCGGAAGCGCACGUGCAGGCCGUAGCGCGCCACGUACAAGUUCUCGGAGCAGAAGCAGGCGCAGCGGCAGAAGCGCCGCGGAGCCGCCGCGGUCCCCAUGGUGAGGUACCGCGCGCGGACCCGCCGGCUUCCGUAGGAUCACUUCCGGAUACGCCCCCAGCCGAGGCGGUCUGGAACCAGCGGCCAAGGGUCCGUUCUAAAUUCCCAAGUGCGGAAAAGAACGAAGACUCAGCCUCAGAAAACGGGCUGCGGUGCAGGAAGAUGCUCCCGGCCGGGUUGGGGCUGGCAGCCGCCGGUGGGAGCACGCGGCCUUCUCGUUCCGCUUCAGAGUUUCUCCAUCCAGGAGGCGAGAAUUAAUCGUCCCACUUUACAGAUAGGUGAACUGAGUCACACCUUCACAGGACGUGAAGAAGUAGGGACUCGGAAUCUCAAGACCCUCUGCUUAAACGCUGGCUCCCUUUUCUGCUCGGAGGUUUUGAAGAACCAGCGAACGCCACGAGGACUAGGGUCUGACCUCGUUCCCUCCAACUGCUCUCCAGUUUUGUGCGUCUGAGCUUGGGUUUAGCAUUUAUCCCGGGUCCUUGCCCGGCGAUCCCGUUGCCAAUGCCACAGUCUCUUAGGGUUCGCCGCGGAUCGCCCCAGUGAGCGUCCCCACGAAAACGCUCCGUCCGGUGAGACUUCCGGUGAUGCUCCCGACGGAUUCAGGUGUGAAUAGGGCGUGGUCGGUCGGUGGCCACACCCAGCGCAACCAGGUUCAAGUUCUGUACAGCCGCAGUGUGAGAUGUGUAUGUUUCUGCCUUACAGAGCGUGCCCUCCAUCCGCGGGGACACCCAUCACAGCACACGCAAGCCAUACCUUGGGAACCCCGUCAUGGUCCGCCAUGCAUCCCCAAGACCCGGGUCUGCAAAGCCCCGAGAAGAAGCUUGGAUGUCAAUCCUAUUGAGCUGGCAGAACUAAGGCGUGCAGCUGGGGAGGAAGUCUUGACCCCUGGAAAUGACCCCUGCCCCUGCCUUAGAGUUCUCUCCAUGGCUCAGCGUGAUGCAGGGAUGGGGGUGGGGAGGAAGACUAUGGGGCUUUAAGACCCUGGCCCUUACCCUAAAUCAACAGGUGACUGCAGAUGACAGCUUUUGACCGAGGCUCCUCUCUACUGGACCUGAGCUAACACAUCUACCACCCACCUUAUCUCCUUUCAUCUUUACAGCAAACCUUUGAGCUAUAGGGCUCCACGGCCCACCCCUUGCUCCUGCUGAAGCCCCAGGACCCCAGAAGGAAGAUGGGAGACCUCCAAGCCCUGUGAUGCGGUGCCAGGCCAUCCUCCCAGCUGUCUCCAUUAGCACAUUCGGGGGACCAAGGCUCGAGCCAGCAGAGUCUCCCCUCCAGCACCUUGAGGGGCCGGAAGAGGGCCCCUGCUCUCUGGGCAGAGCCUGCACAACAGCCUGAUUGGUUUUCACACUGGCUGGGCAGGGGCAGCGAGACCCUCCUGUCUGGGAGUGUGGAAGGAGUGCGUGUGAGUGUGUGGAAGUGUGUUUUGAGUGACGGACAAGAUCCCUGCCCUUCUGAAGCUUUCAGUCGAGUGGAGGAGACAGGAACAAACAAGGAGACCAGUACGAGAUCAGGUUAUCCUCGUUCAGUUGUAAGUGCUGGGAAGGCACUAGGCUGAUGAGAUGGCGAGUGCCCGGAGGCGGCUGCUUCGGACACGGUGGCCAGGGAAGGCCUCCUGAAGAGUGACAUUUCAGCUGAGCUCUAACUGCUGCAGCAAGAUCUGCAGGAAAGGGUUCUAGACAGGGAGACUGAAGGGGCAAAGGCCCUGCGGUGGGCUGAGCUUGGCAUGCUUGGAGAACAGCAAAAAGCACACAAGAGGGCAAGUCAUAGGGAACAAGACCAGGUGGCAUUGAGAACAAAUCAUUGGGCUUAGUAGGGCCACUGGUAACAUUUUGGAUUUUACUCUAUUUGCAAAGGGAAGCUGUUUAGUCCUCACAACAAACCCUAUGCGGUAGGAACUAUCCCCAUUUUACAGAUGUGGAAAACAAGGUUCAGAUGGCUUGAAUGACCCACCAAGGUCACACAGCUCAGACGUGGUGGAGUCUGUCUGGAAUGGAACCCAAGUCUGACUCUGCUGGGUUGUUCCUGAAGGCGCAGCCAGGUCUCUCAGUGCCCCCUCCCCUCCUCAGGUGUGGAAUCCAGGUCACUGGGCCGCGGAGAUCCUGGGGCCCAGCCCAAGCCUCCUGAAGCUACCAGGCUUCCCCAGGGAGGAGAACGACUGUUGGGGACCUGCUUCCCCCCUCAAGGACCCAGUUCCCCAACCCAGAGCUGUGUGGCCUGAGAAGCAAUGAAAGAGAGUUCCUGUUUCUCCACAUCUUCGUCAGCAUUUGGUGUUGUCAGUGUUUUGGAUUUUGGCCAUUCUAUUAGGUCUGGCCUCGCCCCACAGACAAUGGCCUUGCCCCCAUGAGCUAGAGCCUGCCCCUCGGUGCCUGCCCACCACCCGCCAGCAGGAUGCAGCUGUGGAAGGCCGUGGUGGUGACCCUGGCCUUCAUGAGCUUGGACGUCGGCAUGACCACGGCCAUCUACGUCCUCAGCCACCUGGACCGCAGCCUGCUGGAGGACAUCCGGCACUUCAACAUCUUUGACUCGGUGCUGGACCUCUGGGCGGCCUGCCUGUACCGCAGCUGCCUGCUGCUGGGGGCCACCAUCGGCGUGGCCAAGAACAGCGCCCUGGGGCCCCGGCGGCUGCGGGCCUCGUGGACGGUCAUCGCCCUCGUGUGCCUCUUCGCAGGCAUCUACACCAUGGUGAAGCUACUGCUCUUCUCCGAGGUACGCAAGCCGGUCCGGGACCCAUGGUUCUGGGCCCUCUUCGUGUGGACCUACGUCUCACUCGCUGCGUCCUUCCUGCUUUGGUGGCUGCUGUCCACAGUGCAGCCGGACGCCAAGGCCCUCGAGCGGGGGGCAGGGGCCGAGGCCGAGGGCCUCCCUGGGGAGGACCGGCCCGCGCCCGAGCAGGCCUCCGGGGCCACGCUGCAGAAGCUGCUGUCCUACACCAAGCCCGACAUCGCCUUCCUCGUGGCCGCCUCCUUCUUCCUCAUCAUGGCAGCUCUGGGAGAGACCUUCCUCCCCUACUACACGGGCCGGGCCAUCGAUGGCAUCGUCAUCCAGAAGAGCAUGGAGCAGUUCAGCACGGCCGUCAUCGUCAUGUGUGUGCUGGCCAUCGGCAGCUCGUUUGCCGCAGGUAUUCGGGGCGGCAUUUUCACCCUCAUAUUUGCCAGACUGAACGUUCGCCUUCGGAACCGUCUCUUCCGCUCGCUGGUAUCUCAGGAGACGAGCUUCUUUGACGAGAAUCGCACAGGGGACCUCAUCUCCCGCCUCACCUCGGACACCACCAUGGUCAGCGACCUGGUCUCCCAGAAUAUCAACAUCUUCCUGCGGAACACGGUCAAGGUCACGGGCGUGGUGGUCUUCAUGUUCAGCCUCUCCUGGCAGCUCUCCUUGGUCACCUUCAUGGGCUUCCCCAUCAUCAUGAUGGUGUCUGACAUCUACGGCAAGUACUACAAGAGGCUCUCCAAGGAGGUCCAGAAUGCCCUGGCCAGAGCCAGCAGUACGGCCGAGGAGACCAUCAGCGCCAUGAAGACGGUCCGGAGCUUCGCCAACGAGGAGGAGGAGGCGGACGUGUACUCACGGAAGCUGCAGCAGGUCUACAAGCUGAACAGGAAGGAGGCUGCGGCCUACAUGUACUACGUCUGGGGCAGCGGGCUCACGCUGCUGGUGGUCCAGGUCAGUAUCCUCUACUACGGGGGCCACCUCGUCAUCUCGGGGCAGAUGACCAGCGGCAAUCUCAUCUCCUUCAUUAUCUACGAGUUUGUCCUGGGAGAUUGUAUGGAGUCCGUGGGCUCCGUCUACAGCGGCCUGAUGCAAGGAGUGGGGGCUGCGGAGAAGGUGUUCGAGUUCAUUGACCGGCAGCCAACCAUGGUGCAUGAUGGGAACUUGGCCCCCGACCACCUGGAGGGCCGGGUGGACUUUGAGAACGUGACUUUCACCUACCGCACUCGGCCCCACACCCAAGUCUUGCAGAAUGUCUCCUUCAGCCUGUCCCCAGGAAAGGUGACAGCGCUCGUGGGGCCGUCGGGCAGUGGGAAGAGCUCCUGUGUCAACAUCCUGGAGAACUUCUACCCCCUGGAAGGGGGUCGCGUGCUGCUGGAUGGGAAGCCCAUCAGCGCCUAUGACCACAAGUACUUGCACCGAGUGAUCUCCCUGGUGAGCCAGGAGCCAGUGCUGUUCGCGCGCUCCAUCACAGACAACAUCUCCUACGGCCUGCCCACUGUGCCCUUCGAGGUGGUGGUGGAGGCCGCACAGAAGGCAAAUGCCCACGGCUUCAUCAUGGAACUCCAGGAUGGCUACAAUACAGAGACGGGGGAGAAGGGUGCCCAGCUGUCGGGCGGCCAGAAGCAGCGGGUGGCCAUGGCCCGGGCUCUGGUGCGGAACCCACCCGUUCUCAUCCUGGACGAAGCCACCAGCGCCCUGGAUGCAGAGAGCGAGUUCCUGAUCCAGCAGGCCAUCCACGGCAACCUGCAGAAGCACACGGUGCUCAUCAUCGCGCACCGGCUGAGCACGGUGGAGCGGGCGCACCUCAUCGUGGUGCUGGACAAGGGCCGCGUGGUGCAGCAGGGCACACACCAGCAGCUGCUGGCCCAGGGCGGCCUCUAUGCCAGGCUGGUGCAGCGGCAGAUGCUGGGGCUUGAGCCCGCCUCGGACUGCACAGCCGGCCACAGGGAGCCGCCGGGCAACGGCGGUCACAAGGCCUGACCGUGGGCCCUGCCUCUCCCGGUGGGGCAGAGGCGCCAUUGCCCACCUGGCAGGUGUACCCACGGGGGCCCCCCCGGCCGCCCCCUCUGCCCUCUGAGCCCAGGUCCACGGCACUGGAGGGCCAGCUGCCCUGUCCCACGUGUCCCCGCUUCCUGCGUCUCGCCCCCGGUUCCCACCCUGUUCCCCGGGCCACCACCAGACCCCUGCUGCCAUGAGCGACCCCCUCCAGCCUGGGCAGCGGAGACAUCACUGGUGUGUCCAGCUGGUCUCCCGAGGUUUCUAGGUGAAGGUAGAGCUACCUUUUUAAACCAAGAUCUUAACCAGGUUUUUUACCGCUUGGUUCUGAUGGGCCCCAAUCUCCUAGAUUUCAAAAACAUUUUUCUAAUUGGGAGCAAUGAUGGGCGAGUUCACUGAGAUGUUCUAGAGACUUCUGAGCCGGGAGUGAAUGACCCUUCCUAAGAGCCUGGGGGAUGUCAGGGAGAACUAGGCCUCUACCCUUUGCCGCUGGAGAGAAGGGGCUUCCCUGUCCCGGGGUGCGGGUGGGGGGGACACGGGGAGGGGACUUCCUGUCUCUCCCUCUACCCAGCUUUGUGAGUCAGGCCAAGGUGGGUGGGGAGUGGAAGGCACCUGCCUGCCCUCACCCCUUCCGCCCUCCCAAAUCUAAGCCAGUCUCACUGUGAACCACUACGCCCUUACGUGGGAGAGUGAGGGGCUGGCCAGGCCUGGCGGAGCCUCGGGGUGUCCCUGGCCCAGCGCCCAGCGCUAGCCCCUCCCCCUGCCCCUCCCCUGGCUGGCGGCCCCUUCCCACACCCACCCUGCCGCUCUGCUCUUCUGAGGCCCUUUGGAUGUUUGGGAGUCACGUUCUCUUCCAUGUCCAGUGGACGGGACACUGGCAAAGCCCAGGUCUGGCUUUGUAGUGGGGUUGCAAGAUGUAGGGAGAACCCGGUCA